AUCAUCAGGAACCUUCAGGCAGUGACACUGAAAUCUCUCCUGGAGGAGAAGAACAUCUUGCUGUUCAUCCUGAUGCAGAUGUCCUCCAAUCACCAGUAUUGCCAGUUGAUACUGCAUCAGACUGGAGCGCUGACAUUGCCCAGGCUCCAGUCCUUCAUACUGCAUCUGCCUGGAGCAUUAAUGCCGGCCUGACUCCAGUCUUUAGGGCAUCGAACUGGAAUGGUGAUUUUGCACGGACGUCAUCUGACUGGAACAUUUAUGUGGGCCUGACUUCAGCAUGCACCAUGUCACUGUCAGACUUGAGCACUGACGUCACACAGACUCCAGCACGCACUGCAUUAAACUGGAGAGCUGACGUCACCCAAACUCCAGUACACACAGCGUCAGACUGGAGCAUUGACAUCACCCAAACUCCAGUCCGCAUCGCUUCUGAUUGGAGUAAUGAUAUCGCUCAGACUCCAGUCCGGCACACCCCUUCCAACUGGAGCAACGACAUUGCCCAGACUCCAAUCUAUGCCACAUCAAACUGGAGUAUCAAUGUCAUCCAAACUUCAGUUAGUUCCACAGAGGUCUCUGAAUCACCUCUGACAUGGCAGCUGGAGAAAAAUGGAAGGAUGAAAAUUGAAGUCAUAAAUUCCUGCGACUAUGUGAUCGGCGAUAUGCUGGGUGAAGGAACCUUUGGAGCCGUGUAUGAAGGGAGUCGUCUGCAGGAUGGCUUUGAGGUGGCAGUGAAAUAUGUGGCAAAGACGGAGAAUGUGGAAUACAUCAGUAUCCCGGGUCAUUCCAAGCCCCUUCCACUUGAGGUUGCACUGCACAUCCUCGCCAACAGAGGCCCCAGCAUUCCAGAAAUAAUCCAGCUGCUGGACUGGCAGGACCAGCAUGACUAUUAUGUUAUGGUGAUGGAGCGCCCCUCACCCUGCGAAGACCUGUUUGAAUUUGCAGAAGGCCACGGAGGCAGCAUUGAUGAAGGCUUAGCUUGUGUCGUCAUGCGGCAGGCAACACAGGCCGCUCACAUGUGCUGCCGCCGUGGGGUUCUACAUGGCGAUAUCAAACUUGAAAAUCUGCUCAUUAAUACGGAUACCCAUGAAGUCAAGCUAAUUGAUUUUGGGUGUGGCGACCUCCUUAAGAAAUCGGCCUACAAGAUAUUCGCUGGCACUGAUCAGUACUGCCCGCCAGAGUUUAAGGAGAAGGGGGAGUACAAUGCGAAGCCAGCAACAGUCUGGUCCCUCGGUGUUCUCUUGUUCGCGCUGGUGUGUGGGGAUUUUCCCAAUGUUGAUGACUUGAACAAGAUCAAUGCAAACAACUUCUCCAAAGCUGGCAUGUCCGAAGAAUGCUGCCAGUUGAUUAGUUCUUGUCUCCGACAAGAGCCAGAGCAGCGGCUUCGAUUAAGCGAGAUUCUUCUCCACGACUGGUUCAAGGUACUAAGCCUAAGAUCAGUCACAGACGUGGAGAAACUAAAAACAGUGUAA